UAUUUUUAUCGAUACUUCGAUACUUAUAUUUCCAAUUCCGAACGUUUUACGCGGGCGAACAUUUGCGUUAGUUUGAGAAAAUCUCUUGAAAAGCAGAUAGAAUAUGCGGUUUGGAGUCCUACAUUAACCACACAGUCUCAAUUAUGACUGUGGAUGGACGGCCCGCUGAAAGGCUUCGAGCAGACCAACAACAUUAUUGAUGAGUACCAUGAGCAGAAGGCGAACGGAGAACAGCUGCUUUGCAACCGAUGACAUAUUUGUAUCGAUACUUCGAUACUUAUAUUUCCAAUUCCAAACGUUUUACGCAGGCGAACAUUCGCAUUAGUUUGUUUUAAAACUGGAAAAUAUCUCUUGAAGAGCAGACAAAAUGUCCGGUUUGGAGUCGUACAUUAACCACACAGUCUCAAUUAUCACGGCGGAUGGACGGAACUUCAUAGGCACGCUGAAAGGCUUCGAUCAGACCAUCAACAUCAUCAUAGAUGAGUGCCAUGAGCGCGUCUUUUCCACAACGUCGGGCAUCGAGCAGAUCGUGCUCGGCCUGCACAUCAUCCGAGGCGACAAUAUAGCAGUGAUCGGCCUGAUAGAUGACACCGUCGACUCCCGACUGGAUUUGGCGAACAUACGCGGCGAGCCGCUUGGACCGGUUGUGCAUUGACUGAAAUCGUAGUUCUUAGUUCAAAAUAAAACACAUCAAAUUUUAUACAUAA